AUGCGUGCUUCUCCACGUUCAUAUUACCAAGACCUGUUACAGUCGUCUAGCUUCCUUGUCGACCGCGCAUAUGGGCCAGAGAGCACAACAAGGUCGAUGUACGACGAUUUUGUAGCUCCCCUGGUGCCAUGGGCGUGGAGCGGCGGCGUUGGAACAUUCUUUGCAUACGGUCAGACUGGAUCAGGCAAGACCUUUACCGUAAAUGAAAUGGAAACCUUCAUCGCAUCGGAUUUGUUAGGCGGGAAGAUCUCUGGCCGACGCAGUGUUCACAUGUCUGUGUUUGAGCUGGCAGGAAAAGCUGCAUUUGAUCUCCUCAAUGACAAGCAUCAGAUCAGCGUCAUGGAAGAUUCAUUUGGAGAGACCCAGUUGGUUGGUAUCGUCGAACGCACUCCCUCGACGAUAGAGGAUUUCCUCAACCUGAUCAAGACAAGCAUGAUCUUCCGGGCUAGUGCCCCGACGCUUAAAAACGAUGCCUCUUCGCGCUCACACGCCAUCUGCCGAAUCAGGAUCGAAAACAAGGAUCAUCCCGACUGCCCUGAUGGUCUGCUCUUUUUGGUCGACCUAGCAGGCAGUGAGGCAGCGGCGGAUUCCAAGGACCACACUCCAGAGCGCAUGAAAGAAACAAAAGAUAUCAAUUCCUCUCUUUCUAUGCUCAAGGACUGUAUUCGAGGCCGGGCUACCUGGAACAUCAACGAGAAUACGGCUUCAGGCGGCACUAGCUCAAAACAUGUGCAUAUACCGUUCCGUAACACCACGCUCACCAAGGUGCUGAAACAUGUGUUUGACGUCAAUAGCCAUCGUUCCUGCAAGACUGCCGUCGUUGCAUGCGUUAGCCCCAGCGCUAUAGACGUAAAUCAGGGGAAGAGCUCUCUUCGAUAUGCAGAAAUGCUCAGGGUUCAGGUGCCUAAAUUGAAGCCAGUUGUCUAUGAUCCAGCGGUCCCACGUACCUGGACUAACAAGCAGCUGCGAGAGUGGAUUGUGAACAAUUCCGGUUCACCUCCUGUAGAUCCAUCGCAUGUUGCGCCUACUGAAUCUGGGAUACAGAUAUGCAAGCUGCCUAAGAGCGAAUUUGUCUCCCGAUGCCUAAAGGCGGAUGGAGUACGGCCCGAGCAGGCCAGAGCCUUUUUCGAUAAAAUAUGGCAGCUCCACGUUGACUCCCGUUCCCUGAAGACUAAAAGCGCCGCGACUAGCGAGCCGAAGAAACCGACCAUCCCGUUCAAAGAACGCCUCAAGCCUGGGAUGUUUGUGCGCGUUACUCCCCAGUCACCAAACGACCCGAUCCAUUUUCUUAUGUUGCUUGCUCCCGAAGGCGCAUUUGAUCAGACCAGGGUUGCUGCCAAGGAAAAUGGCGACGGCUGCGGUUCUAAGUACAUCUGUGCAGCAGUUGCCCCAUCAAUUAUGGUGGACGCCUAUGAGCUGUUUGUCUCGCAACAGAGAAUUGUAAGGAUUGAGGAUAUGGAGGCGGAAGUUUUGAUGGAAUAUGAUUCAGCCAUGAGAUACUACUUCAUGACCGUCUAA